AUGGAGAUUCACAUCCUGCUAUUAUUUGCCACCUUAUCCCUUAUCAUGUUCCGGUUCUUUCUAAACCGUAAAAAGAAUAAACCGCCCGGUCCAACCGGUUUACCCAUUAUCGGAAACCUCCAUCAACUAGGCGCCCAACCCCACUCAUCUCUUUCUAACCUUGCCAAAAUCUAUGGCCCGAUUAUGUCUCUCCGUUUCGGUUCCGUUAAUGUCACCGUCGCCUCCUCCCCUACAACCGCCCAAGAAAUCCUCCAAAAAAACGACCAAUUCUUCGCUAACCGUCCUAUCCCGGAAUCAGUCGCCGCCCAACCCAACGUCAAUGAUACCCUAGCUUGGGCACCCGCCGACCCACGGUGGCGUAACCGUCGUCGCAUUUGCACCACACAAAUAUUCACUUCCCAACGCCUCGACCUCCUUCAACACCUCCGCCACCGGAAAGUUGAACAACUAGUUCAACACCUUCACAAAAAAGCUGCCAAAAGAACAACGGUUGACAUCGGUGAACUUGCUUUCGCCACCAUGCUGAACUUGGUUUCGAAUACAGUAUUCUCCGAGGACCUUGUUGACUCGGAAUUCGAGAGUGCUGGUGAGUUUAAGGAGCUUGUGUGGAGGAUUAUGGAGGAUGCUGGGAAAGUGAAUGUUUCUGAUUAUUUUCCGGUGUUGAAGAGAUUUGAUUUGCAGGGUGUAAAGAGACAUGUUGAGGUUUCUUAUGUGAGAUUGCAUGAGAUUUUUGAUCGUAUGAUUAGAAAACGUGUUGAGGAUAGAGAGAGUUCGCAUCACGGUGGCGGCGGUGCGGGUGCAGGUGACUUUCUGGAUGUGUUGCUUGAUCACUGUCAACAAGAUGAAGGCUCUGUUUUUAGUGUUGAAAGCAUCAAGCCAUUGAUUCUGGAUUUAUUCAUAGCCGGAAGUGACACAUCAGGCUCAACAACAGAAUGGGCAAUGGCAGAACUUCUCCACAAUCCAAAAAUAAUGAAAAAAGCAAGAAACGAAGUAACUCAAAUAAUCGGAAAAUCCAACCAAGUCAAAGAAUCAGACAUUCCAUCUCUUCCUUACAUCCAAUCAAUAGUCAAGGAAACACUCAGGCUUCAUCCACCAGUUCCACUUCUGUUACCUUACAUUGCAUCAAACGAUGUCCGAAUCAACGGUUACACAAUUCACAAAGGAAACCAGGUUCUGAUAAACGCUUGGUCUAUUGGAAGAAACCCUGAAUUUUGGGAUGAUCCGUUGGUUUUUAAGCCGGAGAGGUUUAUUGAUUCUGAGGUUGAUUUUAAAGGGAGAGAUUUUGAGUAUUUACCGUUUGGCGCUGGGAGAAGAAUUUGUCCGGGGAUUCCUCUGGCUAAUAGGAUGAUUGUUUUGAUGUUGGCUGUAUUGUUGCAUUCUUUUGAAUGGGAGCUUCCGGAAGGUGUUGGUCCGGAUACGCUUGAUAUGAGGGAGCAAUAUGGAAUCACGUUGAAGAAGCUUGUUCCUCUUUCUGCUGUUCCAAUUUCUGUAUUAGAAUGA